AUGUCAGCCCAAGAUCAUCUACCAGCCGAGAACCCUUGGUUGACAUUUGUUGCAGAUUUCGAAGAUGCCGUUCAGAAUAAUGAGAAUGCCGCUGCGAGUCAUUUCAUUGCCAUCAGCAUGGCCCUGCCUUUGGCGACCUUUGCUUACAUCGGGGUCGAACUCCUGACCGUCACAGCAUUCGAAGCUCGCGACCCACACGAACUGAAAUUGCCAGCGAGAAACAUUGCCUGGUUCACAGUCGUCCUGUAUUGUCUCACGACCGGACUCAUCGUCUCGAACAUAUCGUGGAAGGAUCAAAACCUCCCUGGACUAUUUGGCCAGGCCCUUACUACCCUCACCGACGCAGAGGAGAGGAAUAAAUAUAUGGCGGCGUUUCCCGAGCUUAAGACCAAUGCAGCCCCUAUCAUUGUCACGAUUCAAUAUGGCUUCAAGUUCCUUCCAGGGUUCCUCAAUGGCUGCUUGAUUUAUUCUGCUUUGAGCUGUGCGAAUACAGCUCUGUACGUGGCAGCUCGUCAGCUCUAUGGAAUGACUCGAUCAAUCACGGUAACGGGUCAGUCUGGACCAUUGAGAAGAUUCCUCGCGUGGACGAGUGGUGUUGAAUUCAGGACCAGGUCACCUUGGCCGGCCCUCAUCAUCAGCGUCGUCGUUCUAUACUGGCUUCCAUUCAUCAGGCUUCACGAAGAUACAGCUUUCCUCCAGACUUUCCAAGAUGUUAUUGUCAACAUCAGCUCGGUUUCAGCUGUUCUGGUGUGGUGUUCUCAGUGUGUCGCCUACUUCAUGUUCUAUCACUGGCGGUCGAUACACCUAGAAGAGAUUGAAAGCAGGAGACGAUACGAAUCUCUCACAGACCCCGACAAAUCAGGUUGGUUCCGGAUCUUGCAGCCAGGUCUGGCCUAUAUAGGAGCCAUCAGCACCUUCCUCAUUGUCUUUUUCUUUAAUACUGCCAGUCUGUGGAACGGAAAGAAAAUCGCUGUCAAAGCCACCAGUACCUUCAUUAGUCCCUUCAUGCUCCUAUUGAUCUGGGCCCUGAAAAAAUUCACUCGACCUCGACGACAAUGGCGAUUCUUUGUUGAUUUGACCGAUUGGUCGGAAUUUGAGAGGAGAAUCCAGAGAUUGGACGAGCUGAUAUACCCUGGCGAAGGACCUUCGGUAAGGUCGAGAGAAGAAAUGCAAGAGACCAUUCUCACUGCCAACAUCGACCAUGAUCCUAUAUCGCGGCCAUCGAGUACUGAGAAGCAGCCAGAAGCAUAUACACGCAGCGACCUCAGACUCGCGACGAAUAUCGCCGACCACCGCCGGGGACACUCAGUUUCUCCAGUUCAGAACAUGUCCCGGCCAAAUUCCGAAGUGGAAGCUGUUGCUGGUGGCAGAAGUGGCGACACCUCGGGAGCUCACUCGCCAUAUGCUCGGUCGAGUUUGACCAUGCGAAUGCUUCAGGCCGGCGCGGUCCACGAAGUUGACGGAGGAGUCGUUCGGUCCACUUCGCCGCCUCAGGAGUGGGAGCAGCGGGUAGCGCCCAAUGGGCGAGUGUAUUAUGUCAAUCAUGUCAGUCAAGAAUCGACGUGGACACCCCCUGAGGGAUUUGAUGGGCAGCGGAUGGAUCUGGCGAUAAAUCCACAUACGUCACAUACUUACUCGUCCUGA